AUGUCUCACCUCCUCCCGAAAGGAAGGAAGGGCGCCCAAGGGCGCUGGGGCGGCAUCGCCGGCUUUUGGCUCCGCCUGGCCCGGCCCCGGCCCCGGCCCCGGCUCCUCCCGGGGCCCGCGGAGGACACAGGCGGUGCGGCCGCUCCCGCCGCCUCCGCUGAGGCUUCCCCGGCCCGAGCUCCGCCGCUCGGCAGCGCGGCCCCCGGCCCCGAGCCUCCCGUGUCGCGUUCCAAAGAGCGAACGCCGCGGGAUGGCCGGGCCGGGGCGGGUGAGGGGCGCUCGGGGGCCGUUGCUGGCCCCGGGCCGAGCGCUGACAGCCGCGUCCCGCCCGCAGGGAAGGAGCAGGAGGCCCUGCAGGAGCGGUACCGCCUGGGUUCCCUGCUGGGGCGCGGCGGCUUCGGCAGCGUCUGCUCGGGGACACGGCUCUCGGACGGCGCCCCGGUGGCCAUCAAAAGGGUGCCACGGAACCGCAUCCCGCACUGGAGCGAGCUGCCCGACGGCACCAGCGCUCCCCUGGAGGUUGUGCUGCAGGACAAGGUGUCCACUGGCUUCCCCGGUGUCAUCCAGCUGCUGGAGUGGCUUGAGCUCCCCAGUGACAUUGUGAUGGUGCUGGAGCGGCCAGAGCAGUCUCAGGACCUCCUGCAUUUCAUUCAAGCACGGGGGUUCCUGCACGAGGAGGUGGCGCGGCAGCUGUUCCGCCAGGUGCUGGAGGCCGUGCGGCACUGCACCAGCUGCGGGGUCCUGCACCACGAUAUCAAACCAGAGAACAUCCUGGUUGACCUGGCCACCGGGCAGGCCAAAUUGAUUGACUUUGGCUGUGGCACCUACCUGCAAGACACAGCCUACACUCACUUUGCAGGAACACCAUCAUACAGCCCCCCAGAAUGGAUCCGCUUUGGCUGGUACCAUGGCGAGCCAGCUACCAUCUGGUCCCUGGGCAUCCUGCUGCACCAGAUGGUCUGUGGGAAGAUGCCUUUCAGGAGGGGCUGGAACUUCAGCUGGGGCCAGCUCUCGCUGCCACAACGGCUCUCUCCAGAGUGCCAAAAUCUGAUCGGGUGGUGUUUAUCUAUGCACUCCUUGGACAGACCCUCAUUAGAAGAGGUGUUCUGUCAUCCUUGGAUGCAGGAUAUUCAUCUGCCCUAGAAGAAGAGAGAGAGCCAGAGGCACACUUUGAUCCAGGGCCCUGGGAAGGAGAAGGAGCUCCCAGAGAAGCUGUACCAGGUGGGGCUGCUGCUGCUGGAGACAGCGAGGAUGACAUCAAGGAUGACAACCUCUUCCUCAACCUGGCCACCAGCAGUUGAAGAGGAAGCAUUCUGGUUAGUCCAGUCUGGAUUGGGAAGUGCUUGGAGCAGCUGUGGCAUGGAUGGGCCGUGCCCUUGGAGCAGGCUGAGGACAUCGUUUGGGACCAGCUUUUCUUCCAGCUGUGGAUGGCAUGAGAAGUGCCACAAGUGGGCCAAACGUGGCAAGUGGGCCGUGUUCCUGAGGCAGUGCAGUCUGGAGCUGCUGGAUGGAGAAUUGCCCUGCUGCACUUCCAAACCAGAGCAAAGAGCUAAAACAUGUCCUGUAAAAGAAGUGUCCUUUUCUCCUGGUUCCCAUGUGGAGCACCUCCGUUCCUGCUGGCUGAGCUGCUCAGGCAGAGCCCAGCAGCUCCUGGCCCUGCAGGGCUGAGGCUUUUCCCCGUUGCUGGGCACAGACUGAUGGAGCAGCACUGCUGAACAUUGGGGCACACCCAGAGGGACCAGGAGCAGCUGCCUUUGGCCACCUGAGGCUCCAAGGCCCAAACUCUGAGCAGCCAGGGCUGGAAGAG